AAAUGCUUCCAAAAUUUUUUACAGCAAAAUAAUAGAAAAGGUUUUUGCCAUAGUUUUAUAAUAUUCUGAUCAGCUUACUUUCUUCGUCUUCAUUUUCGUCAGACUUCCAUAUUAAAAGCUCCGAAAACAGCCAUCGGUUUAGGUUUUGGCGUAUUAGUGUGGAAAAAACUGCCUAAAGUUUCUCUUCUCGGAGUUUGAUUCCGGAGAUGGACGGCGGCAGUUCGAGCCCACUCGUCGGCUCCGAGAUUCACGGUUUCCGUUCAUUGGCAGAUUUGGAUGUUCAAAAUAUGAUGGAAGAGGCCAAGUCUCGAUGGCUGCGUCCAAAUGAAAUUCAUGCUAUACUUUGCAACCACAAAUAUUUUCCAAUCUACGUGAAGCCAGUGAAGCUGCCCAAAAGUGGUACCAUUGUAUUUUUUGACCGAAAGAUGCUCCGAAACUUCCGAAAAGAUGGCCAUAACUGGAAAAAGAAAAAAGACGGGAAGACUGUUAAAGAAGCUCACGAACACUUAAAAGUUGGUAAUGAAGAAAGGAUUCAUGUAUAUUAUGCACAUGGACUAGAAAACCCUACCUUUGUUCGUAGGUGUUACUGGCUGCUUGACAAGUCUCUAGAACACAUAGUUCUUGUUCACUAUCGUGGAACACAAGAGUCACAGGGUUCUCCAGCAACACCUGGGAAUUCAAAUUCCAGUUCAUUAACUGACCAGUCUACUCCUUUGAAUGUUGUGGAAGAGUUUGAUUCUGCAGUAGGUAAUGUGUCUUAUGAAGAACCCAAUAAUAGUGUUGAUGUCAAAAAUCAUGAAAGGAGGCUCCACGAGAUUAAUACACUUGAUUGGGAUGAGCUUCUGAUAACAAAUGAUAGUAAUGACUCAGCUGUAUCUAAAAGAGAAAAGAAUUCUUACUUUGAGCAAUUGAAUCAAACAACAGGAAAUGGCUUCUCAAAUGAUCAGGGUAACAAUGCAUACUUCAACACUCAAGGCCAUAAUUUAUCAACAGACAUUUCUAUGCUUGUCAAUUUAGUGGAGCCACGUGCUCAGAGUAACAAUGCUUACCUCAACCCUCCAGUGAAUAUUUGUAAUCCGAUAUCCAGUAGCCAAUUAAAUCCUAAUGUGCUGCGGAAAGACACUAUUUCCACAGGGACUGGUGAAUCAUUGCACCUUUUGAUCAAUGAUGGUUUACAAAGUCAGGACAGUUUUGGAAAGUGGAUGAACUACGCUACGACUGAGUCUCCAGUUUCAGUAGGUGACUCUCUGCAAGAAUCAUCAGUUUCAUCUGUUCAAGAUUCCUUCACCUCUCCUGAGCAGAUAUUUAGCAUAUCUGAAGUCUCACAUGCUUGGGCCUAUUCAACUGAAAAGACAAAGAUUUUAAUCACUGGAGCCUUUCAUCAAGCUUAUCAACAUCUUGCUAAGUCCAAUUUGUUUUGUGUAUGUGGUGACAUAUGCUACCCAGUAGAAAGUAUCCAAGUUGGGGUUUAUCGUUGUGUGUUAUCACAACAUCCCCCAGGACUAGUGAACCUGUAUAUGAGUCUUGAUGGCCAUAAACCCACCAGCCAAGUUCUUAGUUUCGAGUAUCAUGCUCCUUUAUCACCUGACCCAUUAGUUCCUGCAAAAGAUGAGUCCAUGUGGGAGGAAUUCCGGUUGCAGACGAGGCUUGCUUAUUUGCUCUUCUCUACUUCCAAGAAUCUUAAUAUUUUAUCGGGUAAAGUUUCACCGAAUACCUUGAAGGAGGCUAAGAGUUUUGCCCAGAAGACUAGCAGCACAUCCAAUAGUUGGACAUAUUUGCUCAAGUCAAUUGAAGAAAAUCGAGCUUCGUUUACACAAGCAAAAGAUAGUUUGUUUGAAAUUGCUUUAAAGAACCGGCUCAAGGACUGGCUGUUGGAAAGAAUAAUUGAAGGCUGUAAAACAACCGAAUUUGAUACUGAAGGUCUAGGAGUGCUUCAUUUAUGUGCCAUUCUUGGUUAUACUUGGGCUAUAUAUCUGUUUUCAUGGUCUGGCUUAUCACUGGAUUUUCGCGAUAAACAUGGAUGGACAGCUCUUCAUUGGGCAGCAUACCAUGGGAGGGAAAAAAUGGUUGCUGUUCUUUUAUCUGCAGGUGCAAAGCCAAAUUUGGUGACAGACCCCAGCACCCAAAAUCCAAAUGGUUGCACGGCUGCUGAUCUCGCAUCUUCAAAGGGUUACGAGGGUCUAGCUGCUUAUCUUUCUGAAGAGGCUUUAGUAACACAGUUCAAUGAUAUGGCUGUAGCGGGAAAUGCUAGUGGCUCUCUACAAACCAGUAGAACAGAAACAACAAACACCAAUAACACCGAUAAACUUAACGAAGAUGAAUUAUAUUUGAAGCAAAGUUUAGCAGCUUACCGGACUGCUGCUGAUGCAGCUGCACGCAUACAGAAUGCAUUCAGGACACACUCCUUGAAAAUCAGAACUAACAUAAUCGAGUCUUCAACCCCAGAGGAGGAAGCACGGAAUAUCGUUGCAGCUAUGAAGAUUCAACAUGCCUUUCGAAACUUCGAGGCCAAAAGACAGAUGGCUGCGGCUGCCCGGAUCCAAUAUAGAUUCCAUACUUGGAAAAUGCGUAGAGAGUUCCUUAAUAUGCGCCGCCAUGCUAUCAGAAUCCAAGCUGCUUUCCGGGGCCUACUAACAAGGAAGCAGUACCGUAAGAUUGUCUGGUCGGUUGGUGUGCUUGAGAAAGCAGUUCUGCGAUGGCGAUUAAAAAGAAAAGGUUUGCGUGGACUGCAAAACCCAGUUGAUGCAGUUCCAGAGCAAAGGACGGAAAGUGACACGGAAGAGGAUUUCUUCAGAACCAGCCGAAAACAAGCUGAGCAACGUGUUGAGAAAGCUGUUGUGUGUGUUCAAGCUAUGUUCCGGUCAAAGAAAGCACAACAAGACUACCGGCAAAUGAAGUUGGCUCAUGAUUUAGCACUGGUAAGUGAAUUCUCCGAAAUCCAGCAGAGGUUGAUUCAAUUUUGUUCAUCAGUUUACCCGGAAAAUCCUACUUUGGCAGUUGGAAUAUCAAAGCCUCCUCAACCCUUCUUCCUGCAAGGAUGCUUGAAAACAUCAAGAUUCAGGAGCAAUCACAUCAAAGCGAAGCAUAGCUCUAGGGAGCCGAGUUUGUAUAUGCAACCGAUGUCAACCAAUAACCUUCAAUUUGAGGUACAGCUACUAUGGAUCUGUAAGUGUUUUUGUUCGAGUUACGAUCGGGCGUUUAGUUAGUAGUUGAAAAGCUUGGUUUGGAGUAAUGGUUAUGUCUAUGCCCACUGAUAUUAGGGUUUGAUGUAGGUGCAAGGUUGCUUGUAUAUUAAUUUAAAAAUAUCAAGAAACAUACUUUAUGAACAGCUUUAAUCCUCUAAGUGAUGCUGGUUGGUUGGGUUAAGGCUAGCCUAAAAAGCUG